GAUUCAGUGAUGGGGCUAAAAAAGAAAGGCAAGAGGUCCUUCAUAUAUGCCGACCAGUUUACAAGAAGAGGGAGUGAAGGCAAGACCAUCCAGUGCCCUACAGGCACCACACGCAGUUGCAGUUUACAAGAAGAGGGAGUGAAGGCAAGACCAUCCAGUGCCCUACAGGCACCACACGCAGUUGCACCCUUCACACGCUCUCUCCCCCCAUGCUCAGCGACUUUGUAUUACGUCCACAAAAGCUUAAUGACCAACCAGCAAGUAUACUUGAGUCCUGAACUACACACCUCAGUAUAUCUAGCGUGAUAUAUCAUGUCCAGGACUUGGUGAAUAUACAUAUAUAUGUACCUUGAGACGUACUCUUCCCCCUCCCCUCCCCGAGAUACAGCUCUCAGUGAAAAUAACUCUUCCCCGUUCUCGGAUAAUCGUCAUCUCGGAUAAAUAAGAACGGACGGAACACAUUUCGUCGGCUGGCUUCCCGUCGGAGACAUUCUUCAGCAGCACUGUGUACUAAGAUGUCGGGCUUAAAUGAUGUAGAUGUUGGUCUGUCUGGCCCGACGUUCACGACGGUGGACUACGCGGUCUUCAGCCUCAUGCUGGCGGCGUCCGUCGGCAUCGGUGUGUACAGCGCCAUCAAGGGUCGGGGCAACACCUCCUCGGAGGACUACCUGCUGGGCGGCAGGACCAUGUCUCCAGUCCCAGUAGCCUUUUCUCUCCUCGGCGGCGUCAUCUCCGCUAUAUCCAUACUGGGUAACGCCACAGAGAUGUACUUCUACGGGACGCAGCUGGUGGUGUCCUUGCUGGGGUUCCUCCCCGGCUGUGUCCUCGUAAGCCAGGUCACUCUCCCGGUCCUCUACAACCUGAAGCUCGUCUCCGUCAACGACUACAUAGAGCUGCGCUACAGGUCUCGGGCCUUGAGGAAGCUGGUGACGUUCUUGCAGCUGCUCACCACUACCCUGGCCAUGGGCAUCUUCCUGUACGCUCCGUCACUCGCCCUCUCCGCCGUCACCAGCCUCCCGACCUCCGCCUCUGUGGUCAUCAUGGGCGCCCUCUGCACCCUCUACAUCUCCAUAGGAGGAGUGAAGGCUGUGGUGUACACGGACGUGUUGCAGACCUCCCUCAUGUUCCUGGGAGUGUUGGUGGUGGUGGUCAUCUGUACUCUUGACCUUGGUGGGGUCGGCGUCGUCUGGGACUCAGCGCUUCAAGGCUCUCGGGUCGAGUUCCUCAACUUCGACACGAGCCCCUUCGUCAGACACACGGUGUGGUCGACGAUGUCUCUAGGCUGUUUCAUCAUGAUUUUCUUCACCGGCUUCCAGCAAACAUCGUACCAGAGGUUCGCUUGCGUAAACACACUCCGAACAGCAAAGACACUAUGUGUCGUCUUCGUUGGGGGGCUUUACCUGCUGUGGUUGCUGUUCUUCUUCUGUGGUCUGGUGGCCUACGCCAUUUACAAGGACUGCGACCCGUUCACCUCAGGAAGAAUCAGCAAACAAGACCAGAUCUUGCCCUUCCUCGUGAUGGACAAGUUGAGUUAUCUUCCAGGAGUCCCCGGGAUCUUCGUGGCGGCUGUCUACGGGGCCGUCCUCAGUUCCUUCUCAAGUUACGGCAACUCAAUGGCUUGUAUGGUCUGGGAGGACUUUUUGAAGGACUUAAGUUGUUUCAAGAGUAAGAGUGAGAAAACGUCCACCAACGUAAUGAAACUUCUCUCUUUAGUUGCCGGAGUAUUGGGUAUCGGCGCGGGACUUCUGGCUGGGCAGCUUGGCAGCUUAUUCCAACUUAUCAAUACCAUCACUGGAGCUCUCUACGGGCCGCUGGCUGGAGUUUUCCUUGCAGGAAUCUGUACACCUUGGGUAAACGCUAAGGGAGCUGCAAUGGGAUGUAUUGCGUCAAUCAUGUUCUGCACCUGGAGUGUGGUAGGGAGCUUCAUAUACGGCGGAUCCCCGAAGGUUUCAUUGCCACUGUCCACACAAGGUUGUCAAGAGAAUGGGUGGUCCUUUGUCAACAACACAUUCAUCACCUUCAACAGCACUUCUUUGUUUGCUGACACAAUGUACACGUCCACUCCGGAUGACGGAUCUUCAGUGAAGACCAUCUACGACAUCUCGUAUUGCUACACUGGAGUUAUUGGGGUUCUUAUGACGUUUAUCCUCAGUAGCUUCUUCUCUCUCUGUACAGGUCCGCUCAGCCCCAGCAGUCUGGCAGAAGGGGUAGUGAACCCUACCUGUGGGCGACUGCACAAGUGGUUGUGGCAGGUCUACAGGGGCCCAGAGACGCCCUCCAGCCAUUGCUAUGAUCUCAAGGAUGAAUCGAAUCACCAGCAACAGAUCGUAAGGGGAAAAGUCGAAGAUAUAACUGGCGCUAUUUAGCAGGAAGUAGAAUUACUCCUCUGGUUAAUAUAAUUAUAUGUUUUACGUUUAGUUCCUUUUGCUGUUAUUUUUUUAUAUUUUGAAAUCAAGACAUCUUUAAAA